ACUAUCGGCUUCGUGAUAAUAAUAAUAAUAAUAGUCAAUUUUUGAAAAAUACACAAAUGUAUCCACACUUUUGAAACUAGUUUGACAAAUUUAACCAUUUUCGUUAAAUACUUUGAAGUCAUCAACACCUCCAUUAGUUAAAUGGAUGUUAAGCUGAUAUGAAUACCACUUAGACGACAUGUCAUCUCCAAUUAUACAUGCCAAACUACAUGGACGCCACAUCAUAUUUUAGAUUAAAAAAUAGGGUAAAUGCCAAAUUUGGGGUUUACUAAAACGUGUCAUGUUUAGUUACUGAAAAAAUUAAUAUCAAUUUUGGUCAGUCGAAUUAGUAAAAUGAUCCACGUUUAGUCACUCUCAGUUAACUUUAUCUGAUGUGGCAGUCAACCUUAACAGUUGACCGUUAAAUGACUAACGUUACAAUUAAAAAAUUAAUAAAAAAAUAAAUAUAAUUCUUUUAAUAUUUCCACAUUAUUAAAAUAAUAAACUAAAAUAUAUUAACGAAACAAAAAAGAGCACGGCAAAACCGAAAUUCUUCGGUGCUCUGCCUCCUCAUCCUCCAGCAGCCACCGUUCCGCCAACUGGCUCCACAUCAUCUGCAUGCUAUUGGAGUAUGCAAACACGAAGGGGUCUUUUGCAUUGACUUUCGAUCGGCAUAUUGGGCAACUGGAGUGCUUCUCCAGCCACUGGUCGAUGCAAUUGAUGUGGAAGGCGCUUGCACUGCGGCAGCAGCCGAAGGAUCUCGACGUCCUCGAAUUUGGAUAUGCAGACGGAAUACAUUCCAAACAUAUAUGCCAUGGUUCCUUACUUCCAUGGCGUACAAAUGUCUAAACUUUGUACUUUUAGAUACCUUUUCAAACACAUCCCCUCAUCCAAACGACACAAAUAAAUUUUCAUGAAGUGAUAAACUAUGAGCACCCAUUAGUGGUUACUUUUCAGAUAUACUAGAUCGAAAGAUCACGCUCUACACAGGAUGUUAACUUCUUAUUUUAUUAAGAUUUUGUAUUUUUCUAAAUACAAAGUGCUAUGAAUUAAAAAAAAUUCACACAAUACAAUUUUUAAUUGUGUGAAUUGGUAAAUGAAACAAUAUAAUCUAAGAUCGUUGAAAGUAUGUGUUCAACCACAUAUAAUAUCAAGUUGAACCUAUUGAGUCAAACUCAAAUAAAAUAUGGCCCCAAAAUUUUAAUGAAAUUUAAUAAAUAAAUAAAAUACAAAACUACAAAAAAAUACAGAAUAACAAUAGAUGUUAUUUGACCCAUCAAACCUUAGUCGUCCAUUCAAUAGCCCAUCAAAACACACCAACCCAAGACUAUUUAAAGGAAUGUUAGGCCCAUUGAUGCAUUAGUUAAAUCAAUUUACUUUUAUUUUCUUCUAUUAAUGAUUUUGUUUUGGCGCAUAAAAACCGAGAAGCACAUCUAAAAAAUAUAUUAAGCAUUUUCUCAUUAACAACCUCUCCAAUUCAAAUUUCCGUUCACCUUACGCGUUCACGUCAGCGCCUCUUUUUUCCGAUCAGAAACCGCUACAUUACAGGAAAAAAUUAAAAAAUAAAUCGUCAAACAGUGGAUUCCCUUCCUCCCUCGCGUUCCCAAUUCAAAACCACCGCCAGUUUGCGCAGAGGCAAACAGUGUCUUCGUUCCCUCCUGUAGCCGGCCAUACCAUCUAGCAGAACCAUUCCUUUGGGAUUCCCACCAUCUCAUACCUCUUCCCCACACCAUAGCCAUUUCCUAUUGGAGAUUCUACUCCCAAUCUACCUCUCCAAAAAAUUACUCUGUUGUCAAUCUCCGUCACUUUCAUCUUCUCCUUCCAUUCCACUGCCACCAAUGAUGUCUAAUAUCUUCUUAUGUUCCAAGGCCUCAUUUAUGCUGGUCAAUAAGGGUUAGAAUCACAACGGUCAACAGUUCGCGUGCGGCAGCAACAUGAAAGACUGCACCAAUACGAGAGACAGGGGAAGCUUCGACCGCCGGCUUGGUUUUGCCCAGGACCGGCUUUGACAUUGAACUUCAAAUUGAAUCUCUAAUUAAUUAAUCUAACCUCAUUUAACUUCAAUUUAUUACCGCUCCACACACAACCGUCGUCAUCUUCACUUCUCUUCCGUUCCACCACCACCAAUAUUAUCUCAUUCCUCCUAUCCAUCAUCUAUUUGGAGGAAACUACACUACUUUUGAUGUAUGUAUCGUUAUAAUAAUUUUUCUUUUUAGUUUUAGUUGACUAUAACAUGUACAAUAUUUUUCUCAUAACGAGCACGGUUCAAUAUGACAUUUCGAGUAAUGCCAAAAAUAAUGUGGAUGAAGACAAUGUUUCUUUAGAUACAAUUUGGAUAUGCUAUGUCAAGACUGGUAUUUAGGUCAACAGAUGAUAUAUACGAGGGGUUGAUGAGUUCCAACAUACAACCUAAGAUCCUUAUAUUAUUAUAGUGUAAAGUUUCUAUUAGAUAAAUUACAUAAACCUACUCAUCACCUCAUCCUAAAUCAAUAAACAAUACAACAUAUUAUACAUUUUCUCAAAUUUGAAAAUUUCUCAAUUGUUAAGCAUUCACAUCAGCAAUGAUUUAUCAAGUCACUUUUAUUAUUUUAAUUUUUAAACUCAAUACUGAGUAAAAAUAAACGAACAUAUAAAUUUGCGUUACCAAGAUUCAAACACACAACCUAUAAGGGUGAAAUUUAAUAUAGUGUAAAGUUUCUA